AGUUGGGCUGACGUCAGACAAGAUCUUGGUAAACCAUUACCACCAGCACCUGGUAACACAGUGGAUAAUAAGAGGAUGAAGUAGAAGAUUCCAAGCAGAGUGGCAUUAUUAGAAAAACCAAACACAAAUAUUUUUGAGCAGUAAAGGAAGACACCGAGGCCCAAGAUGUUGUGACGCCGCGUUUACAGCCGGGACAGCCAUGUACGUGAGCUCACUCUUGGAGAAGGAGCCCAGCAUGUACCCAGGACCUGCCAGGGCCAACAACGCCCUGCCCGUGCAGAACUUCGUGUCUGCUCCAGCCUACUCCGAGUACAUGGGAUACCACCCCGUGCCAGCCCUGGACAGCCACGGGCAGCCUGCCUGGGGCUCCCACUACGGCCCCCAGCGCGAGGACUGGAGCGCCUACGGCCCAGGCCCUUCCAGCGCCGGGCCCGCUGCCCACAUCCAUGGCUCGUCCCCUGGCCAGGGCUCCUACAGCUCUGCUGAUUACAGCUCCCUGCACCCCGCUGCUGCUGCGCCCUUACCUCCUGUAGACACAAUUAAUGCCCAGCAGAUCUCGCCCAACAGCCAAAGGCACAGCUCUUAUGAGUGGAUGAGGAAAACGGUGCAAACCAACACUGCUGGUAAAACAAGAACAAAAGAAAAGUACCGGGUUGUUUACACAGAUCACCAGAGACUGGAAUUAGAGAAGGAAUUUCACUGCAACAGAUACAUCACAAUCAGGAGGAAGUCAGAACUCGCAGCAAACCUGGGACUCUCGGAAAGACAGGUGAAAAUCUGGUUCCAGAAUCGCCGAGCAAAAGAGAGAAAAAUGAUCAAGAAGAAAAUCUCGCAGUUUGAUGGCAGCGGGGGCUCAGCUCAGAGUGACUCUGGUUCACUCAGUCCAAAUGAACUGUCACAUUCUCUGUUCCCACCACCACAUGGAAUAAAUGGAUUACAGCCUAAUGACAUUCAUCAAGUCAUAGUUUCAGAAUGAACAGAGGGAAAAAACCAAAACAGGAAAAAAGGAAAAAGCGAGAAUGGAUUUCACCACCACUGCCACUCCCCACCUUGGAAACUCAACUUCCCAAGGGACCAUUUUCAUUUAUCUGCCUUCAGAGUGCUGAUUUCUAAGCAGGAAAUCUGAGCCUAUAACCAAAAUAUUUUAAUUAUUGCAAAAAUCUCAGGGACUUUGUGCUGCUAAGAUUCAUCUCUUGGUAUCUUUGCUAGCAGGUAAUUUGCUUCAGACACUGCCACAAAGAAUGAUACAGCUGAAGAUUCAGUACAGGUAGUUCUAGUCUGAUCAUCCAUAUACACAACAAACUAAGAGAACUGAUUAUAAAAUAGAGUUCUAUUGCAGAAAAUAUAACCAUCUGGGUGUGCUGGGUUUGUUCCAUUUAUAUAAUUAGAAGAAACUGUAGAUGUUAAUAAAUAUUUACACUUAAAUGGACUGAAAAGGAUGCUACUUUUUGAAAACAGCAAAACCAUUUAAAACAUUUUUAAAUGCUCAAGGAACAUAAUAAUGUUGCUAUACCAACAUAUUGCUUUUAAUUAAAUAACACAUAUCAUCUCUGUCCUAUGGGAUUGUAUUCAAGCAAUAGUUACAGAUACAGAAUAUACCAAACCUGCCAAGAUUUGUUCCACUGCAAGAAAUACAGCAAUUUCUCAUAUACAUUAGGAAAUGCCAGAAAAUUUGGAAGACAAGUAUUACCUCCAUCUUCUAGGACUGCACAUACUAUUGCCCAAAAAUCCGAGCACAAGUGGAAUGGAAACAGAACUGUUACUACAAGCAAACCACCAAAAAGCAAAUAAAGAAUUUGUUUGAUGUCUGUAAACAUUGGAAGUGAAACAGGAACAGUCUCAGGACGCUGAUUUUAUCCCUGACACUUAUUUGGAGCUGAAGGCAACAACUCUCCCAAAGUAGCUGAGAGGGUAUUUUGAAGCUGUCACCUGCAGCUGAGCAAUCACAAAAGAAAUGUUCACUUCAUGGGCACUCCUGAAAGAGCACAAAUUAAGGACAUGAUCACAGUGGGGUUUGCUUUAAUUACUCCUCCACGUUGGCAGGUGAGAAGGUAGCAAUGGUAUCUGAGAGACAAGUGAUGAGUCUGGCAAAAGCAGAAAGAAAUCCCAAAGCACUAAAAAAAUCCCCAAGCCCUUCAGUAGUACUGUUCAUUGGAAUUUCUUAAAAUGACCUUUUUGCUAGUAUAGAAGUAAACAGCUCUAUUGGGAAGAUUUAAUAUUCCUGAAAAUGUCAAGGGGAGCAAAGGUAAUAAAAAUGGAGAAAAGCAGAACACAAACAGCAAACAGCUUUAUGAAAAUCAUGCAUCACUUAUUUCAGCAACAUCAAACUCUUGCUCUCAGAAACAGCAGAAUAAAUUCUGCUUUUCUUCGUGUCAAUGAGCAUCGAUAAUGCACUGAACUCCAUGGACACGACUUGUCAAAGCUCUCAGCAUCUGGAUUCAAAACACUAGACAACAAAUUUGAGGAUAUGUCACAUGAUUCCCUGUUUAUUUUAAAAUAACUGUUAGAGUAACUCCAUGGAAGCAAUUCUGUUGGAAGUUACAACAGUAACAGUCAUCAGAACUAAAUUUUGAAUUUUAUCUGUCUAGACAUAAAUGUCUCAAACUAAAGUAGGAAGAAAUCCUGUACCUUACUCACUGUAAACAUUUUGUGGGUGGUUCCCUAAUAUAUUUUCUAGUCAUCUCCUAUCAUAUGGCUCAAAGCAAUGGGUGUAUUCUAAUGCAAACAAACUGUAAACAGAAAAUCUUGUGUACAUAAAUAGUUAUAAAACUCAGCCCAAUGAGAAACUGAGACACCUGCAUGGCUUUAACUCAGGAUCUCCUAAAUUUGCUCAUUGAUGUUGCAGUGGGAUCACAAGGACAUUAUAGGAGCAAGAGCACAUUGUGGAACGUGCACACACAGAGCUGGUUCUGUUCACAUUCACAGAAAUGCACGUGACACACACAAGCCUUUUUCUCUCUGUUCUUCAGUCAAAUAAAUUCUUUUUUUUUUUUUCCUGGGAGAGGAAGUUCCUCCAGUUUCAUCAGGCCCUCUACCUGGGUUGCCCUUCUAUACAUGAAGGAUGUAGAGGAUAAAAUAAUCUCUCAGGAAACCCAGACUUUAGAUACACAAGAAAAAAGGGAAGUGAACCUUUACCUCAAAUCAGGGGCCAUUUCUAUGGAAACCAGGAGAGGGCUUUUGUGAGGCUUAGCAGUGGCACAGAAAUGGAGAGAGAGAAAACUUCUAGUUCUCAG